GGAUAUAUAGCGCGAUUCAAAUUCUGCGUGAAAAUGCAUAAAAUAUUAUAAAAUUUUCUAUCGACGAUGCGUUCCACGGAUUGAAAUCGAAAAAUGACAACCUUGUCUCCAAAUCAUACCCGUGGCAAAUUAACCGACGAGUGGAAUCGAAGACCGAUGGACGAUCGUCGAGAAAAAUCGUCUCACACGGCAACUCUGACAGAGAAUAACUGGAGUAAAGAAAUGUAUCCCAAUUCGGUACGUUAUGCUAAGACUACGAAUAAUUACGAGCAAGAGUAUACCAACGAGCGCGAUAUCCAAUUUCCUGAAGAGAGAUCUUCCGUCGAGACUGUUACCGAGUUGGAGGAAACUGCCGUUAAUAAGAAUAACGUACAGUUUCAUCGUUAUCCAGAAGAAAUGACCUACGCGGCGAAACCUUCCGUGGCGAAACAUAAUAGCGCUAUUCACGAGAAAUAUCAACGAUUCAACGAUUACUCGGAGUAUCGGAUGCCAGAAGCGUUGAGCGCGAUGCAAAAAUUGCAAAAAUUGAAGGAGUUGCAGAUGAAACGGGACAUAAGCGAGAGAUACUACACCCAAGAGAUCAAACGAUUGAUAGGGGAAUAUUAUUUCGGCCCGAAAAUUACAUCCCCGUCCGUCAGAUCGGCCGGAAGAUUGCAGAGUUCCAGCUUCCAUCCGUCUUCGGCAGAUCGAUUGAAACACAAUCUGGAACCGUGCGGCACAAUGACGACGAUCACGCGAUUGGAUUGCGGUUGUAUCCAGGAGACGACGAGGCCAAUUUUCACGACAACUAAGGGCCGUGUCCAAAGGAGGAAUUGCACCCUGUCCCAGGAGGAGAAGCUUCUCAAACUGAUCUCGUUGAAUCCGCAGGAGCAUCUGUUCCCCUCGUUGGAACAAUCGAAGGACAGAUAUCACGCGAAAUCGAAGAAACGUUUGAAUCCGCGGUCGCAUCCGAAAAUUCCUCCCGCCGGUGAUCAAGAAUUCGAGGCAGAGAACGAGAAAAAGGCCGAGGAGCCGGAAUCGGAAAUUGUCGAGCACGUACCAAGAAUAUCGUCCCCCCAACGAAAAUUCAGCGACACUUCGGCCACUUCUUAUUGAAAACGAAAAUUUCUUUCUUUUUUUUUUUUUUUUUUUUUUUUUAAAAUCACACAAAGUGCUACAAAUGUAUAUAUACAUAUAUAUGUGUAUAAUCCGUAAUGUACUCCAAACGGAAUGAAAUUAUCCAAGAGUUAUCAAUAAACGAAUUGAAGAGAA